AUGGAAGGUUCAUCUGAUUCCUGGCGCGCUGGACCGGCGUUUUUCUGUAUUCCGUUGACCUGGUCUCUAGAGGACGUUGACGAGUGGCGAAAUGCCAGCCUAUACAGUAAGAUCCACCUUAUUAGUGCGCGCCACAAGCAACUGCACGUUGCUGGAAUCGCCCUCGUCUACCCGCUGUGGGCAGCAUUCGGCCAGGAAGCAUCAUGGGAAGCGCCUGAAUUUGGGGAGGAGAUCCCAGCUAGCAUCAACACGCCUUUUCCGCACAGGACUACGCUGGUGGCCGAAGGCAUCGAAGACACACACCGCUCACCUGGUUCCAUGGUGGCUAUCAUAGGCGGAAAGUGGCUUUUGAUUCCAGCCGAGCUCGCCAGAUCGAUGGCCACGAAGCCCACACAAAACUGCGAGACUCAAGGGUCGAUCUUCCCUUGGAUGGAGGGUAGGCCGGAAGAUGGCUCUGGCCAUAGUGCGCAUUACAAUGAAGAGGGUCAAAUCAUCGAAAAGCACCUCAUCAAGGUCGCAGAAGAAGGAGACUCUGUCAAAGCAUUCCUCGGAGCUCUAAGCGAUGCACAUUCUUCCGGCGCUGAUCGGGUGGUCUUCUACUCCAGAGCAUUUUCGUGGGCCAAUGUGCAAGUAGAUUACGCUCCGAGCAGCCAGAAGAUGAGCAAUGUUGAUCGGAUGCGCAAGGAUGACAGAAGCGGUGGCGCGACGAAUCAAGCGAAGCCGAAGCAGAAGCCAGGUGGAACGCUCAAGCAUGACCAAGGCACCGCCGCCUCGAAGAAUGGGGUCGAGAAGAAGAAGCAUGAGGAUGAGGAUGCCGAGGUUGUCUUCAAAGGUAGACGACUGUGA